UCUCUAUAAAAGGAACCCAAUAUAAGCUGUAAUUAUCUCAGGAUGAGGGUCAGUGUGGUUCUGCUUUGGUUCUGCUUGUCUUGUGUUCAUCUCCAGAGAGGUGAUGACCAGCUUGCGGUGGAGGAUGUGGAAAGAUCAGGGCUGAAUGCAAACCAAACCAGCGUCCAGCCCGAUGUGUGGACCGAGCUGAGGGAUCUGAGGGACAUGGUGGUGGAGCAGAGGGUGCAGCUACAGCUCAGUCAACGCCAGAUUGAGGAGCUGAAGAAAGAAACCACAGGCCUAAACAACAGGCUGAUGGUCAGCGAGAGCCAAGUGGAGAAACUAAAGCAGGACAAUGAAGACACAAACAAGAGACUGCUGGCCUGUGAGAACCAAGUGGAGGAGGUGAAGGUAGAAAAUUCAGCCAUGAACAGCAGACUGCUGGCUAGCGAGAACCAUGUGGAGGACCUGAAGAGAGUGACUUCAGCUUUGGAGGGGAGAGUGGUCUCUACUGAACUGGGCGUGGAAGGACUGAGAGAGGAGAAUGCAAACAGACCAAAGGUGGCGUUCUCAUUUGCUUCAGGCUUAAAUGGCUACCUUGGGCCAUUUAAUGUGGUCACCAUACUGGUUUUCCGCAAAGAAAUCACAAACAUUGGAAACGCAUACAGUCCAAUCACAGGUGUUUUCACUGCUCCACUCAGAGGAGUCUAUUACUUCAGGUUCAGUCUAUUUAAUCUCAACAACUCAAACAUGAUGAGCGCAAUUUUGUUUAAAAAUGAGGAGUUUAUCUUAUUUGUGUCUGAACGGCCAGAAGGAUCAUAUGAGUACGUCUCCAAUGCUGUGUCUCUGCUGCUGGAGAAAGGAGAUCUUGUGUACAUAAAGCUCGCAAGUGACCGUCAGGUUUAUGAUGACAGCAACAACCACUGCAUUUUCAGUGGCUUUUUGCUCUUUCCCGUUUAAACAGUCUGAUUAAUGACUUUUGCCAUUACCACAUUAAAUUAAAGCCAUAUCAAGACCACAGAAAGCCACAGUAGAUCGCAUGUGACCUGAAUUUUACACAGAAGAAGGCAGUUAAUCUUUUAGUUAAACAGACAGAUGCUAAUGCUAAGUUGCCUCAGCUAAAAUUACUAGCCUAGCCUUUUUCAGCUCAAAAACAGCUAGUUUGUGCGGAGGUAGUAAACGGAUGCCAAGUGACACUAAACACUUAAUUUCAUUCAAUUUAUUUGUGCCUUUGUUUUCUAGUGCCAUGUGCUUUUGUUGUGGUGUUAGGUCCUCCCCUGUCCUCCCCUGACUUCAGCCUUCACCUGUUCCUCAUUUCCUAGCCCCAUCUUUUCAUGAGUCUCGGGUGUUCCUUGCCUUCCAUGUUAGUAUAUAUACCCCUUUGUUUGCUUUGUUCCCUGGUCAGCAUUGUUUGUUAUUUGAUGUUGCAUGUUCCUGGUUUAGGUUUGUGAUCUUUGUGUUCUUGUUUCGCUGCUUGUGUUUGCUUUGCGUGAGUCCAGACUUUGUGUUUCAUAAUUUAUCUAGUCAGUUCAGGAUUGUAAUGAAGACUCUCCAGAUGGGUUUGAAUCCAUUUACUCAAAACACAGUAUCAAAAGUCACAAAAACCAGAAUCAGAGUCCAGGCAAUCCAUAAAAAAAAUCCAACAGAUGUGAACAAACAAGGCUUGGUACGCAGAUGACCUGGCAAUACUUCACAGAGAUCCAGUGUGAGUGAAGGUCCUUAUAAAGGGAGGUUAAUGAGCUGCAGGUGAAAGAGGUCAAGGUGUCACUAGGAAGCAAGUCAGUACUCAGGUGAGGCUGACCUCUGGUGACGCGUUGGGAAAUGGUUCAGUGUUUUGAAGCAUUUGACACCUGGCUCCGUGCUGCCAUCUACUGUCCAGUUCAAUUUCCUACAAUGACUGUUUCCUAUUAAUUGUCAUAUUUCCAUUGAAGCUCAUUCACACAAAAAAAAACUUGAUUACAGCACGUAUAUGUUAAUUUGAUCAUUUGGACAUUCAAUAAAUAUACCACUGACA